AUGGCCACCAACGUCCGGGGUACGGUCCGAUUCCUGGCGGACCUCCCUCUCUACGGAACCGAAAAGCCCUAUCGGCUUCUCCUGCCCGCAGGGAUCGAGAACGGUAAUAUCAAGACGCACAACCUGGUGUACGAAGAGACCGAGAUCAGCUGCAUUCGCGACCUUCGCGGCCACGAAGCCGAAUUCGACAUCGACUCCGCCGGCUUCGAGGUCGUCCAGCACUGUAGCGGCUUCACCACUGCGGCCACGGGCCAGGAAUUGCUGGAUGGAUAUAAGCGGGAGACGGAGCAGUUUUUGCUGCGACAUUUCGGCGCGAGCUACGUGUAUUGCUGGGACGCUUUGGUACGGAAGCGGAAACAGGCUGUACGCGAGCAGUUCAACAUUCGGGACCGACUCGUGGAAAACAUCCCAGUGUACCACGCCCACAACGACGAGACCUUCUCUAGGGGCUGGGAGUCACUCAGCUUCCGGCUGGGAGAAGACCGCUAUCGCAGAUUUCUCGAGUCAGGGUGCAGGAUCCGCAUGGUCAACACCUGGCGAUCGCUGGUCGAUAGCUUGGAGGACAACCCGCUGACACUCUGCGACUGGCGGUCGAUCGACCCACGAAAGGAUCUCAUCGAGUCCGACCAGAUCGUGCCGUCGCGGGAAACGGAAAUCUAUCACAUCUUUGCACGGCCACAUCAUCGAUGGCACUGGCUUUCCAGACAACGUCGUGACGAGGUAUACAUCUUCUUGCAGUUUGAUACGCGGGCAGAUGGGAAUGCGCGAUGUAGGUGA